GACAAUAAAGUAAUCCUGUUGUCAUUGCAGUGUCAGUGUAGUCGUGUCCAGCCAGUCUCCUGCAUUACUGUUCCCGCCCUCCCUCUACUCACUGCUGCCAUGCUGUACCCAGCUCUGCUCUGUGCUGCUCUGCUCCUGAUAGCACCCCUGGGGCACACAGAGGGGCGCACCCUGCACCCCUCACCUGAUGCCAUCCAGUUUGUUGAGCAGUUUCUGGAUCGCUACAACGACCUGACCCUGGAUGACCUGGAGAACCUGGUGAGCAGCCAACCAGAGGAGCCCUCCUCKGCUUUYACUUCCRSGGUCAAAGUCGCUGAGUACCCCAAAUGGGCUGACAUACCAGCACAGGGCGACAGCACCUGGCUCCGCCUCCUGAAGGGGACCCUGGCCAAUCAGAAAAGAGCUGUGACGGACCGGUCRAGGAGGGGGUGGAACCGAGGAUGCUUCGGACUCAAACUGGACAGGAUCGGGUCAAUGAGUGGACUGGGCUGCUAGUGGAGAGAGAGGAAGAGACUGACGUCCCUCAGGGGAUAUGAGGACGAACACACAGUAGGCUGCUACACAGCACACAGUCAUUUACACACAGGUGAAUACAAGGAUGUUAAUGUGAGUACAAAGGAGGUCUACAUGUAGCGUAGCUGUAGUGUACUUGCUGUAGUGCUAAUGUGGUUCCAUCRAGCUUAGUGAAAGUUACUCUGUAUGUCUCCUGGCUGUUGGAAGGGGUUAGCUGUACUUAUAUUGUACAUCUAUUCAUUUGAAUCUUGAAAGUAUCAGAGUUAUGUUUACAUCAAGCUGUUAUUCUAUUUUAAGUCUCUGAGUGUUGUUUUGACAGUAAACCUGCACUUUAUUUAAAAGUUGUCUUUCUUGACUUUCUUGAUUGUCCUUGUUAAUCCUGCAGGAAUAGUUGUGUUAUGGCAUGUUUAAUGGAAAUAAAUAUUUGAAAAAAUAUAAUAAUAUAAUUAAAGUCAAAUGUUUCUUCUCUCUGCUAUUGAUUUGACAUACAUUUGGCAUGAAUAAAUGUACACUGA